AUGCGUCUGUCAUCUUUUCUGGCUGUUUUCCGGCCUGCUCUGCCUCUCAUCCUGGGCCUGUCUUUGGGCUGUAGCCUCAGUCUUCUGAUGGUGUCCUGGACGCAGGGGGACACUGAUGAGGCUUGUGGAGAUGACCUGGGCAAUGGGAGACUCGUACACAACGGUCAUAUCAGAGAUCUCCACAAUGGUCAAGAAGGGGAUGGAAAUGAGGACUUCCAGCCUCGCAUCGUGCCCUAUCACAAAGAUCCCAACAAACCACACAAGAAAGUUCUCAGGACUCGCUACAUCCACACAGAGCUGGGCAUCCGAGAACGGCUUCUGGUGGGCAUCCUGAGCUCACGUGCCACUCUGAACACACUUGGGGUUGCGGUCAAUAAAACAGUAGCUCACCAUUUCCAUCGAACCUUCUUUUUCACUGGCCUUCGAAGUGCAAAGGCGCCACACGGCAUGGCGGUCAUCGCUCAUGGUGAUGACCGACCCGUCUGGCUGAUGUAUGAAACCAUACGACACCUCCACCAGCAUCACGCCAAUGAGUAUGACUGGUUUUACCUUGCACAGGACGAUACGUACACACAAGCUGAAAGGAUCAUGGAGCUGGUUAAUCACCUCAGUGCGGGACAGGACAUGUACAUGGGGCGGGCAGAGGAAUUUAUUGGGGGUGAAGAACGUGCCCGAUAUUGCCAUGGCGGAUAUGGGUACCUGCUGUCACGAAGCCUUCUAGCACGACUGCAGCCACAUCUGGACUCUUGUCGAAACGACAUCCUUAGCGUCAGGCCAGACGAGUGGCUUGGUCGAUGCAUCAUUGAUUACCUGGGUCUUAGCUGUGUGGAGAAGCAUCAGGAGAUGACGUACCGCUACUUUGAACUACAGAAGAAUGUGGACCCUGAGCGUGAGGACAGUGCACAGUUUAAGAACGCCUUCACUGUCCACCCCAUCUCUGAACCUGCUCUGAUGUAUCGCCUACAUAAGCGCUACAACCAGAUUGAAUUGGACUGGACAUAUGCACAAAUUCAGCACUUACAGAAUCAGAUCAAUAACAUAAGUGAGCUCACUCCAGAGGGUAAAGCUGGAGCCACCUGGCCCAUCGGAAUCAACCCACCAUUCCGACCCAAAACCCGCUUUGAGGUGAUCAACUGGGAAUACUUCACAGAAGAGCACAUUUAUUCAUGUGGCGACAGCUCACCAAAGUGUGAGCUUCGAGGAGCCGACCGGGCAGACGUCAGUUCAGUUCUGGAGACCGCAGUGGGCCGUCUGAACGAGCGAUAUCAGCCCCAGCUGCGCUUCCGUAAGCGCCGUCUACUCAACGGUUACCGGCGAUUUGAUCCCACAAGAGGGAUGGAGUAUGUGCUGGAUUUGGCUCUGGAAGCCUUUACGCAGAAGGGUCACAGUCAGGUAAUCGCCAAGCGAGUGAAUCUGCUAAAGCCUCUCAGUGCUGUGGAAAUCAUCCCCAUGCCAUAUGUAACGGAAGCAACACGGGUGCAGGUGAUCCUCCCUGUGACCGCACAUGACCAAGACUUUGUGGGCAACUUCUUGGACAUGUACGUCAUGAAUGCUCUGGAUACCCAUGACAAUGCUCUGCUCACCUUCUUGUUUGUUUAUGACCCUUUCGAUGCCCAAAGAGUCAGUCAGACGGAUGUCUUUGCUGGUGUUAAAGCCAUGAUUGGUGAGGUAGAGAAACGUUACGGCGACGUCAAGAUCCCUUGGAUCAGUGUAAAGACUGAAGUUCCCUCACAGGUCAAGCUAAUGGACAUCAUCUCCAAGAAGCACCCAGUAGACACUCUGUUCUUCCUGGCCAGUGUAUGGACUGAGGUCAACGCUGACUUUCUCAACCGCUGUCGGAUGAAUGCUAUCAGCAAUUGGCAGGUCUUCUUCCCAAUCCACUUUCAAGAGUACAGUCCUGCUUUGGUCUACCGCGACCAGCAGCCUUCUGCUGCUUCAUCAUUUGCAUCUGAAACUUUGCGUGAUGGCCACUUUGACCGGCACGUCUUUGAAGAAGCUUGUUUUUAUAACGCAGAUUACAUGGCUGCCCGCACAAAGAUGGCGGCUGACAUCCUGGACAACGAUGAGUUGCUGGAGAGCAUGGAUGUCUAUGAGAUCUUUGUACGUUACUCUGGGUUGCAUGUGUUUCGGGCUGUGGAGCCGGCGCUAGUACAGAAGUAUGUGCACAGGGAAUGUAACCCACGCUUUAGCGAGGACAUCUAUCACCGCUGUGUGCUCAGUAACCUGGAGGGGCUGGCCUCUCGAUCACACCUAGCCAUGGCUUUGUUUGAACAGGAGCAGGCCAACAGCACCUGAACCAACUAAUGCUGCAAUGUUAAGACGAAACAAACUUCUUGAUUCUGGUUUAGGUGGCCUUAAUUGACCUACUGAUAUUGCUCCAGUCAAUUGCACCCUGAUGCUGUGAACGUCUUUGCAAAGAUCAUCCAGUGAACUCAGUUUAACGAAAUACAAUGACGAUGCCUUGCUGAAAAGACUAGUUCACAUUACAAUGAACUUUGUCUUCAUUUACUCAUGCUCACAUCGCAUUCAACGUUCUUUUUGGACAAAACAGUUGAAGAAUGUUAUUGGUUCAUACAAUGAAUGUCAAAGGUGAUCAUUUCUUAAACAUUUCUUCUUAUGUGUACCACAUGUGAAAGAAAUUCAGGUUUUGAAGUAAGCCGGUUUCCAUUUUUUGGGGUUUAAGGAUUUACAUACAAUAGAAUUGAUCUAUACAUGGUCUAAUAGUCAAGAAUACCUCAUUUAGGCAGUGAACGAUAUUAAUGAUAUCAUCUUAACUAACUUCAAAUAAAAAUGAGUUUUAACUUGUUUACAUAGCUUCCGAUGACUGAAUGCAGGAACCUAAAGUUCAUAAGUGAAAAGCUGAACAAAUUCAGUCAUCGUUUAUUAUGUGAUCAUGUCAGACUUCAGGUGGUUAGUAGAGGUUCUACUCUCAGCUACAAGAGUAACUUGAGCCAUCUUGCUUCCUUCAGAUAUGAUUGUAUGACCUUUGAACAGAAUGUGCUGAAUAUUUCAGAACUCAAUAAACAUCAUCUGUGAAAGCUGAUCAUGAAUAAUGA